AUGGUAUCACCAACCCUGCUAGAAACACCGCGCGACCCGAUCCGCGGCCGGGGCUCAGAAAGCGACAGCUCGCUGGACGAGAUCGCCCAAGAGAAACAAAAACACAAUGCCCUCACCACACCCCAAGACCUGAGCGACUCUGCAUCUCCGAAACGCUGGAAAUCCUUCUGGACGGCCUUCCGCCACCUCCAGCACCUAACCCCGAAACAAGUCGACGACUUCAUGGCCUCCUACGUCAUCUACAAUCUCGACUGGUCCAACAAAGCUCAAAUGACCGCUGAGCUGGGCCCAAACUACCAGGAAAAAGUAGGCGACUGUCUCAAAUCCUACUACGGCGUCCUCAACCACCUCUGCGCCCUCGGUGACGUCGAAAAAAUCCCCAAGGCGAAUGUCCUUGAGAACCAGAUCCUGUACGAGCGCUCAAUCGCACAGGACGUCGGCCUGGGGCCGGGCAUGAAAGCGCUCGAUCUGGGCUGUGGCCGCGGGCGUGUCGCGGCACAUAUGGCACAGCAUACCGGGGCGCAGGUGACAGGGCUGAACAUCGAUCCGAACCAGGUCGAGCAGGCGGCUGCGUUCAACGCCGAGCUGGGGCUGCAUAAUUCGUUCGUCACGCAGGACUUCAAUGAUCUCCCGCUGCCGUUCGAGGACGGCUCCUUCGAUGCUUUCUAUCAGAUUCAGGCUUUGAGUCUGUGUAAGGAUCUGCCGGCGCUGUUCAAGGAGAUUUUCAGGGUUGUUAAGCCUGGUUCGAGGAUUUCUUUGCUCGACUGGAUUAGUCUGCCGGCCUAUGAUGCGGGGAACCCUGAGCAUGCGGAGUUGAUGCGUCGCGUCAAGCCAUUGAUUGGGGCUGUUGGGACGCCGACGCAGGAGACUCUGGAGGCUGCGCUUGUUGAGGCUGGAUUUGAGGUUGUCAAGUCGCAAAAUGCUAGUAUUGAUGGGCUGCAGGCGCCGCUUAUUGAUACUGUUGAUGUUUAUUUCCGGACGCUGCGCCAGGCUAUCCUUGCGCUGGUUAAGGUGCAUGUUCUGCCGAAGCAUUUCAAGACUUUGAUUAAUCGGCUUUGUUUGGAUGGUCAGGCGUUUGUGAAGAUGGAUCGCAUGCGUCUUGCGACGACGAGUUAUAGUAUCAUUGCACGGAAGCCGGAGGCUUAG